UGUGUCACAGUAUUAGCCGGGCGCCAACUAUGCUAUAGAUUUCUACAAAUCUCUCAUCUGCCGACUUCACGGAAACAUAUCUAUGUCUCCUAUCCAGAUAGCACAACGAAAAAAAAACGGCGAGUUCUGAUAGGUGACGGACUGUCCAAAACCCCGAGCCGGCAGGAUAUACGUCCGAUCUAGAGAGAUCUGCUUGGAUGGCCCCCGGAAUGGUCCACCGGUAACGGGAAUUGUAACGUCCGUGAUGCAUACAUAUACCCGUCCCUACAGUUGUAGCGAGAAAUGUCUCCAAUGACACUUUUGACGACACCUCAGUUAUGUACCGGCUAGGGUGGCUUCCGCGUAGGGUUGCUUUCCCCUCAAACGAUGAGGUAAAGGGAUGUUGAGAAAUUUAUGCAGCUAUGCCAGGUCUACAUACCUAUAAGACUACGACCUCCUCGUCUGUUCUUAGGUUCAUUUUUUUUUUAAUUCAUGAGCUGUAAGUCUUCAAUGAUGACAAUGCUUAGCAUGUCGGAACACGGCUCUCUGGGCCCCAUGGGAGUACUGGGGGUAGCACUAGCUGGGUCUCUCUCCAUCUUCCUCCUCCGCAGCAUCUACUACGCCUUCCUCCACCCCCUCUCCAAAAUCCCCGGCCCCAAGCUCUACUCCUUCUGGGACCUCCCCUACCUCUACCACGCCCUCCGCGGCAACUGGCCCCACAAACUCAAAGACCUCCACGACCGGUACGGCCCCGUGGUCCGCUACACCCCCGACAACAUCUCUUUCACCACCCCCUCCGCCUGGAAAACCAUCUACGGCCACCGCCACCUUCCCGGUCAAGAAACCUUCCCCAAAGACCCCACCGCCUACCGUCCAACCCCCUCGGGCCACCCCCACAUCAUCAUCGCCUCCGACCCCGACCACCGCCGCCAGCGCCGCCUCCUCUCCCACGCCUUCUCCGAAAAAGCCCUCCGCGCCCAAGAGGACAUCCUGAACCACUACGCCACUCUCCUCAUCACCAAGCUCACCGCCAAAGCCAACGCCAAGGUAGCAGUCGACAUAGUCCAGUGGUUCAACUUCACCACCUUUGACCUGAUCGGCGACCUCGCCUUUGGUCAGCCCUUCAACUGCCUCGAUUCAGCCGCCUACCACCCCUGGGUAUCCCUCAUCUUCUCCAACAUCAAGCUCGGCGUGUUUUUCGAGGUUCUCCGUCGCCACCCUUUUCUCGGCUGUCUGAAGACAUUCCUCUUGCCUAAGCACCUGAUACAAAGCCAAAAGGAGCACCGGGCGUUGAGCGAGAAGACAGCCAAGAAACGGCUCGAGGCAGGGGGGACGGAAAGGGGGGACUUCAUGAGCUAUAUCCUGAGGCAUAAUGACGAGAAGGGGAUGAGCGAGGGGGAGAUUAUAGAGAAUAGUAGUUUGCUUAUUAUCGCUGGGAGUGAGACUACUGCUACGCAGCUGAGCGGGACGACGUUUUGGUUGUUGAAGAACAGGGACAAGUAUGACAAACUGGUCAAGGAGAUUAGGGGGAGGUUUGGCAGGGAGGACGAGAUUGAUUUGGUAGCGGUGGGGGGGUUGGAGUAUUUGGAGGCGGUUUUGGAGGAGGGGUUUAGGAUGUAUCCCCCAACACCGCUCGCUUUGCCGAGACGGGUUCCCCCAAAGGGGGAGUAUAUAGAAGGGUAUUGGAUUCCCGGUAAUACAUCAGUAGCAGUCCCUCAAUGGGCCUCGUACCAAUCCUCUUCGAACUUUCGCGAUCCUCAGAAAUUUGUCCCCGAACGCUGGCUCGGCGACCCGAGAUAUGCUGAUGAUGUGCGGGGGGUGCUGCAGCCUUUUUCGGUCGGGCCGAGGAAUUGUAUUGGGAGGAAUUUGGCGUAUGCUGAGAUGAGGUUGAUCAUGGCGAGGUUGUUGUGGAAUUUCGACUUGGAGUUGAUGCCAGAGAGUGAGGAGUGGAAUAGGCAGAGGAUUUAUGUGCUCUGGGAGAAGGGGCCUGUCAAUGUGAGGCUUACGCCGGUUGUUAGGUGAGCGAGCUGUUUUUAUGAUGGGAGUUGAUGAUGGGAGUCGAAAGAAUUCAAGUCCUCUGCCGUUUUAUCCCUAUUCACAUUUUGGAAAAUCUGAUGGAUCGAGAAUGGGUUGACUGUUGCUGAUGAGAGUUAAAGGUCAUGAGUGAGAAACAAGGGUUUAAACUUUCCUGAUGGUAAAGAACACCAGAAGGAGCUGAGUCAAAGUGGUUGAACAUUCGCUGCUUAGGUACUUACCUAAUAUACACCUUGGACCAAUUUUUCCAAGUUUGGAAGGGAACAGAGGGAAGCAGAGAGGUUUGUUUGCCAGCGAGUGUGGCUCCCGGUAAGAGUGCAAGCAGUCACAUGAUCAACCAUCCCGAGCAUCAUUGCCAUAAUUUUUAAAAAUUUAUUCUCUUGUUUUUUAUUCAUUUUUGGGCUUUUUUUGCUCU